AUGGUGGUCAUUUUGGCCUACCUAGACGAUGUCUUCCUUUGUGGCCCUUCUGAUCUGUGUCAGCGAGCUUUUAAAGACCUACAAUGUUCAUUCACUCAACUUGGCUUGUCUGUCUGUCCAAGCAAAUGCCAGGCUUAUUCCAGAGUCAUUCCAGCUAGCUGGCCAGAUGACAUUCCUUUCACUUCCUCAGGCAUUACUGUACUUGGCAGUCCUAUUGGAGACUGUGAUUACGUGCAGAAUUAUUGUUUAUCUACUGCACUUUCUGGAGCUGAACUGUGCAACAAACUGCAAAGUUUGAAUGAUCCUCAGAGUGCUAUGUUGAUCUUGAGGCAAUGUCAUUCCACCCGUUUAAACCACUUGGGCAGGACAGUUCAACAUACUUGGUUGACGGAAGGAGCAAGGGCACAUGAUGAUUUGACACAACGCACUUUUUGUUCUAUCCUAGGCAUAAUGGCUGAUCCAUCUCUUUAUUGGAAACAGUGCUGUCUAUCAAUAAAAAGUGGAGGAUUCGGUUUAACGAUGUUGGAAGACAUCUCACCUGCAGCAUUCCUUGCAGCAUGGUCUAACACCUUUCAACAGCUUCCCAAACGGUUUCUCACUUUUUCGAGUUAUUCUCCAUCUUUUCUAGGGAAGGUUCUUACGAACCUCCCUCUAGGUCAUCAACUCACUGACUCUCAUAAGAAACUGCUAUCCAUCUUGGAAAGCGGCUGUGAUUACGCUCACUUAUCUCUAGAGGACUUGCUGACAGAACCUGACAAGCUACAGCACAGACUUACUUCAGCUAUUAAUCAAGGCAGAGAGGCAACUUUGCUAGCCUUGUCUAUCGAUGACCAGUGUUCUGCUCGUUUGAGAUCUGUUGCAGGAAAGGAAGCUGGAGCUUGGCUUCACGCAAUCCCAUCCGACGAUGAGCUCGCUAUUGAAACUCGCGAAUAUCGCUUAGCGGCUUAUUUACGCUUGGGCUUGCCUAUAUUUGGUCAAUGGGCAGUCACCUGUGAUUGUGGAGCUACAGUAGACGAAGGUGCAUACCACCUCUUGACAUGCAAGCGCCACGGUGGCCCAAUUUGGCAGCACGACUUCAUUGUCUCGGCCUGGUGCAGGUGUCUAAAUUCAGCUGAUGUUCUCCACAAGAAGGAAGUGCGCAACCUCUAUGUCGACAGCCUUGGUCGCCCGGAUAUUGUGACCUUUGACUCAGGUAGCUUGACCAAUGCUGAGAUAGAUGUCUCGCUAGCUCAUCCCUACAACAAGGAGGUGGUUAGCUCUAGUGCUAAAGUGACUGGCCAUGCCUCCCUUGUUCGAGAACAACACAAGAAAGAGAAGUACAAGCAAUUUCACCAUCCAGGAGGACAACGUCCAGAUGUCAUCCCCUUGGUACAUGAACAUUUUGGGAGAUGGGGCAAGGAAGCCAUUAACUUCCUCAAGUCCCUAGGGGAUCGCUCCAAGGAUGAAUAUGGUCAAUACAACAAAAAGGAUUUUAUGUCAGUGUCUAGACGCCGGAUUAGCGUUGCACUUCAGAAAGGCAAUGCUAAAGUUAUUCUAAGGAAGCUGGAAAGACUAAUUUAUGCUUUUUCUUCGCUUGACCUUGCUUUCACAGACGUUCAGUCUUACGUUCAUUAGAAUAGACAGCAGUUUUCAUUAGUCUUUUGUGCUAGAGAAAGAAAUUAUUCAAUAAAAUCUAUCUAUCUAUAUAGAAUAGACAGCAGUUUUCAUUAGUCUUUUGUGCUAGAGAAAGAAAUUAUUCAAUAAAAUC